CAAGCAAUAUGGGAACGUCUAUUCUCUGUGGGGAGGCCCUUAUCAUAUUAUAAUCCUCUCUGGAUACCAAGCUGUGAAAGAAGGACUGAUUGACCAUUCAGAAGCCUUUGCCGAUCGCCCGGUCACACCUUUCGUUUUAGCUUCCACUCAAAAAAGGGGUAUCGUCUUUUCAAAUGGUCACACCUGGCAGCAGCAAAGACAGUUUGGAGUUGUUACCAUGAGGAAAUUGGGACUGGGGAAUAAAGGCAUGGAAUCGCAAAUCCAAGAGGAGGCUCAACAGCUUGUGGAAUUCUUUGCUGAGACAAAGGGCCAGCCAUUUGACCCAUCGCUAGCCAUCAUGAGAUCAGUUUGCAGUGUGAUUUGUGCUGUAGCUUUCGGAUAUCGUUUUUCCAUCGACGAUAAGGACUUCCUGGAGUUGAUGAAGGCCAUUUCGAUUGCCUUAAAAUUUGGAAACAGUAUCUUCUACAUACUCUAUGAAGGUUUCCCACAUAUCAUGAAGCAUCUGCCAGGCCCUCACCAGACUGCCCUAGCUGCUUUGGAGACAAUCGUUUCGUUUGCCAGGAAGGAAAUUACACUGCAUAAGGAGAACCGGAACUUGCAUGGACCACAGGAUUUCAUUGAUUUCUAUCUAUUGCAAAUGGAGAAAGGGAAGGAUGAUCUCAAUUCUACUUAUAAUGAAGAUAACUUGGCUCUCUGCAUUGCUGACCUCUUUAUUGCUGGGACAGACACAACUUACGCCUCCCUGCUAUGGGCAAUGCUUCUCAUGGCAAAUGAUUUGGAUAUGCAAGAUAAAGUUCACAAGGAGAUGGAUGAAGUUUUUGGUUCUCGGCCCUCAAUCUCUUACAAAGAGCGGAACGAACUGCCUUACACCAAUGCAGUCAUUCAUGAGAUCAUACGAAAAAAAUAUUCCUUCCUAUUUGGGCUUCCCAGACAAUGUGUACAGGAUGUUUAUCUGAAUGGUUUUCUCAUUCCCAAGGGUGCUGUCAUUAUUCCAGACUUACGUUCCGUUCUUUUGGAUCCUGAAUGCUGGGAAGCACCUGAAGAGUUCAAUCCAAAUCAUUUUUUGGACAAGGCAGGGAAUUUUGUAGAAAAAGAAGCAUUUCUUCCCUUUGGAGCAGGAGUUCGGGCCUGCUUGGGGGAAAUCCUGGCAAAGACGGAGUUCUUCAACAUUUUUACCAAUCUGCUGAGGCAAUUUAGGUUGGAGCCACCAGAGGGUGUGGAAAAGCUCAGUGAAAAAUCUAUCUUAGGCGUGUCUGUGCAUCCUGCUCCUUAUAAGAUUUGUGCUCUCCCUCGUAUCAGGACACCAUAAUAUGGACAGAUAUCAAGAGAGUUCUCAUUUGUUACCUGUUAUGAUCUCUCCUUUGUUCAAGAUAGUCCAUUUAUAAUCCCAUAAAUGAUUGUAGGAUCGAUCACCUUCAAGAUCUUCCUGAAUGAACCAAUAGUUGAAUCAAUCAAUCUUCAGAUCUUGCUGAAUAACUCCUCCCAGCAUUUCUCAGGAUUUGGGGUGGAAGGGGGGGGGAGGCAUCGUGGGCCGCAUAGUUUGCAUCCUUUAACUUUGCUGUAGCUAGGGAGCUUAAAGCAGGGGUGUCAAACUCAAGGCCUGUAGUGCCUCUGUCGGUGAAAACGAAGGUCAUUUUCACUGGCAGAGGGUUGCAGGAGGCCGUCGCAGGCGAAAACAGAGUUUGGGAGCCCAUUUUCACUGGCAGAGGGUUGCAGGAGGCCGUCACGGCCAAAAACGGAACUUGGGAAUCCAUUUUCACUGGCAGAGGGUUGCAGGAGGCCGUCACAGCCGAAAACGGAGCUUGGGAGCCCAUUUUCACUGGCAGAGGGUUGCAGGAGGCCAUCACAGCCAAAGCUUGGGAACCCAUUUUCACUGGCAGAGGGUUGCAGGAGGCUGUCACAGCCGAAAACGGAGCUUGGGAGUCCAUUUUCACUGGCAGAGGGUUGCAGGAGGCUGUCGCAGCCGAAAACGGAGUUUGGGAGCCUAUUUUCACUGGCAGAGGGUUGCAGAAGGCCGUCGCAGCCGAAAACGGAGCUUGGGAGCCCAUUUUCACUGGCAAAGUGCUCAGGCCACCACAGGUGCCUGCCGACACGAGUGAUGUCAAUCUGGCCACUCCUACCCUGGCCACACCCACCCCAGUCCCCUGAGGUCAAACAUAACCCCGAUUUGGCCCUCAAUGAAAUUGCGUUUGACACCCCUGGCUUAAAGGGAGAGGGAGUUCACACUAUCUGCAGUGACUCCCUAUGAACCAGUUCGGGCCGGGUAUCCAGGGUCGCCGUGUUCCGAUCAAGCCUCGCCGAUUUCCAAAACACCUUUGUGGCAUAUUAUUGGCUACGGAUGGACAGGGGGUAUUGGGGUGGAAGGGAGAAGGGGGAAAAGUUAGCCUAACGCUUCGCGCCUGAAUUUCAGACUCUGCCUGACUUCUCUGCAAUCGCUAUCUCUCAGUAAAAGUCCCUUUUGAAAUGCAAACGGUUUCAAGAGUUUUACUUUCUUGGAAAGGUAGCUGAGGCAGACACUUACAAUUGGCCUGUUUCAUUCCAUCCCUGGAAGCAGAAACCUAGAUCUCUCACAUUGACUGCUGUAGUACAGUCAAACACCAGAGGGCAGGAGAAGAAACAAUGGUUGGAAACUAACCAAGGAGAGAAGCAACCUGGAAUUGAGGAGAAACUUCCUAACAGUGAGGACAAUUAACCAGCGGAACAGCUUGCCACCAGAAACUGCGCGAUGUGGAUUUGAUAGAGAUCAAUACAUUUUUUGGUUUACUGUUCUAUACAUCAAUUUUUAGAUGAAAUGAAAACAUCGAAUGUCUUUUUGCUACAUGAGGUCAUUAUGAUCUCAUGUUUGUAAUAAGAGUAGCUGGAAUAGUAUGUCUGUGGUUAACCAUUGAGUCUGUCAGUGUUCCAGAAAAAAACUCCAACUCUGAAUAAAAACU